AUGGCUGAUGCACAAUGUGGGAAGGAUGAUACACAAUUUGGACCUAUACUUGGUAUGGAAUUUGACUAUGAGCAAUUUGCAUAUGAUUUUUAUAAUUCUUAUGGAGGAAGAGUUGUAUUUAGUAUUAGAAGAGAAUAUGCUCACAAAAGUAAGACGGGUGACAUUACUUCAACGGCAUUUGCUUGUUCUAAGGAGGGACAUAGAAAAGUUGAUAAAAGAGAUUACGUUGCGAAGAAUGCAAGGGCUGAGACAAGGACUAGUUGUGGUUCUCCAAUGAACAUUAAAUUAAAUAGGAAAAUUGGGAAGUAUAAUGUUACCAACUUCGUAGAAAUGCACAACUAUCACCUUGUAGUAAGUGAAUGUUCUCAUAUGCUUCAUUCUCAACGAAAAAUUUCCACCUCUUAA